AUCUCCAAAUUAUUAUUGUUGUGGAUUUAGAGAAGGCAAAGCCAGAGAAGCAGAGAGAGAAAGAAGGCAAGCUCUUCGGAUGGCGACUUCCAAGACGAUCAGAAGAUUGGAAGUGGUUUCGCCGGUGCCGGCCGACAUCGACAUCGCUAACUCUACUUCUGCGCUUCACAUCUCCGACAUCGCCGAUGAGCUUGGUCUCAGCGCGGAUCACUAUGACCUCUAUGGGAGGCACAAGGCUAAGGUUCUCCUCUCGGUUCUGGAUCAGUUUGAAGAGUCACCGGAUGGGUACUACGUCGUCGUCGGCGGGAUCACCCCCACGCCGCUUGGGGAGGGGAAGUCUACCACUACUGUUGGGCUCUGUCAGGCUCUUGGAGCUUUUCUUGAUAAAAAGGUUGUCACUUGCCUCCGCCAACCAUCACAAGGCCCCACAUUUGGGAUUAAAGGAGGUGCUGCUGGUGGCGGUUACAGCCAAGUUAUACCUAUGGAUGAGUUCAAUCUUCACCUUACUGGAGACAUUCAUGCAAUUACGGCUGCAAACAACCUCCUUGCUGCUGCCAUAGAUACUCGGAUCUUUCAUGAGGCAUCCCAGUCAGACAAAGCUCUAUUCAACAGACUGUGUCCUGCAAACAAAGAAGGAAAGCGAAGUUUUGCCAAUGUUAUGUUCAGGCGUCUUAAGAAGCUGGGCAUCUCAAAGACCAACCCUGAUGAGUUAACACCUGAAGAAAUCAAACGAUUUGCCAGGCUUGAUAUUGACCCAGAUUCUAUUACCUGGAGAAGAGUAAUGGAUGUAAAUGAUCGAUUCUUGCGGAAAAUUACUAUUGGACAAGGUCCUGAAGAAAAAGGAAUGACUAGAGAAACAGCCUUUGACAUAUCGGUCGCUAGUGAGAUCAUGGCUGUAUUGGCCCUCACCACAUCUCUUGCAGACAUGAGGGAGAGGCUAGGAAGGAUGGUGAUUGGCAACAGUAGGGCUGGUGAACCGAUUACUGCUGAUGAUCUAGGUGUUGGAGGUGCUUUAACAGUGCUGAUGAAAGAUGCCAUAAACCCUACUCUGAUGCAAACACUGGAAGGAACUCCAGUUCUUGUUCAUGCUGGACCUUUUGCCAAUAUAGCUCAUGGAAAUUCCUCAGUAGUAGCUGAUAAAAUUGCUCUUAAGUUAGUCGGAAAAGGUGGUUUUGUUGUUACAGAAGCAGGUUUCGGUGCUGAUAUUGGCACAGAAAAGUUCAUGAAUAUAAAAUGUAGGUAUAGUGGGUUGACACCACAAUGUGCAAUUAUAGUAGCAACAAUAAGAGCUCUCAAGAUGCAUGGUGGUGGCCCUGAGGUGGUGGCUGGGAAACCUUUGGAUCAUGCUUACUUAAGUGAAAAUGUUGGCCUUGUGGAGGCUGGUUGUGUUAAUCUUGUGAGACAUAUCUGUAACACGAGAGCUUAUGGGGUGAAUGUUGUGGUUGCUAUCAACAAAUUUGCUUCGGAUUCUGAGGCCGAGAUGAAUGUAGUGAGAAAUGCAGCUUUGGCAGCGGGUGCUUUUGAUGCAGUUGUUUGCACCCAUCAUACGCAUGGUGGUAAAGGGGCGGUUGACCUUGGCAUUGCAGUUCAAAGAGCUUGUGAAAACCAGACUCAGUCUCUGAAUUUCUUAUAUCCUCUUGACUUCAGCAUUAAAGAGAAAAUCGAGGCAAUAGCCAAAUCCUAUGGUGCUAGUGGUGUUGAAUACUCGGAACAGGCUGAGAAGCAGAUUGAGAUGUAUACGAACCAAGGGUUCUCUAACUUACCAAUAUGCAUGGCGAAAACCCAAUACUCAUUCUCGCAUGUCCCAUCGCAGAAGGGUGCUCCAGAAGGGUUUGUGCUACCAAUUAGAGAUGUCAGGGCUAGCAUUGGAGCUGGAUUUAUAUAUCCACUCGUUGGAACAAUGAGCACCAUGCCUGGUCUUCCAACAAGACCUUGCUUCUUUGAAAUCGACAUCGACAUUGCCACAGGGAAAGUUCUCGGUCUUUCUUAGAUUCUUGUUAUCAUGUUUCCUGCUUUUUCCCCCUUUAAAUGUCUCCAUGCAUUUUCUUUCGAGAAAAUACUGUUUGAAUGGAAUAAAUGCUGUUCUUCAAGGUUUCUGUUAACUUAA